AUAUGCAAAAUUAACUAGAAGCAUUUCAGCUUAUUGCAGUAUAUUAGUUAAAGGAUGAACUUCACAAGCAUCGCAAUAAUGUCUUUAUUUGGAGACAGCUUCAAAUUAAGCCAAAAAAACCCGGCAUAAAACAAUGUUUAAAGUUGACCAGAUUUUAAUCCAAACUAUUUAACUCGUAGAGAUAAUUGUAUGUUAAGAUGUGAUUCAUUAUUGACUUUAUAGAAAAACAAACUGUCGGUAAACGAUCGAUAUACGUUUCUCAAAAGCUUUUCCAUACAUGUAUCAUUUUUCUUGAUGAACAGAAUAUAUUUUAGUUUUUUCAGAAAUGUCCAUCUGUAUUCUUUUAAUGAGCAAUUUCAACUAAGAUUUAAGGUGUUCGACUUUGUACACAAAUAAUGCAGAAGAUUAGUACUUAUUGAAAAUUAACGUGAUUAAUUCUACAUAAUGAGUGCUGUAAAAUCUUAUUUACAUGUCUAAUUGAAUAUCAAUGAACUAAGUAUUAUGAAAAAGCAUUUUACAGUUAUAAAUCGAGUUCCUUGAUGAGACAGCAAAAUUGUAUAAUCUAUAUAUUCAGCAAAGGGCAAUUGAAGUUUUCCCGAUUGAUUUUUUUUUACACAAGAGAUCCACGUGCUCUAUCUGACAAUCACCUGAUGCUUGCUGAUUGAGAAAUGUAUCAUGGCCUUAUGAGGGACAAUGUUUAAAACAAACUGAAAUUCUACAGCAUGUGGUUAGAUUUUUCGCUUGUUCAUUACAAAUUUUCUCCAAAACACACACACACACAGCAUUAUAUAUUGUAGUUAUUUAAUUCAAUUUACAAGUGAAAGUUUGGGAAAGUUCUCAGUUGUUUCCACAGUGAAAUAAGUUUAAUGUACUGUCGAACUCACGAACAAAGUUCUUGCAUUUAUUACGUGGAUCAUGAGUGUGGUGAUUGACGCUAAUUUCAAUUACUGCAAUUUGAUGCUUGCACAACGUAAUUGUAACCGUUAUGAACGUUGACCAAUUUAUUGUAUUUUGAUUUGAACUAUGCACGCAACUUACAUAGAAUUAUCAGAAUAGUAUGACUAGUGGUUCUUAAUCUUUCGCUGGAUGCACCUCGUCGCCUUGCGUAAUGCGUACAAUAUCAAAGAUAUAGGGCUCACGGCGGGUGUGACCGUCGACAGGGGAUACUUAAUUCUCCUAGGCACCUGAUCACACCCCUGUUACACCCAGGGGUCCGUGUUUGCCCACCUCUCUGUUUUGCAUUGCUUAUAGGAAUUAUGAGAUUGAUCACUCUUCGUUAUCUUCGCCUUCCAUUCAUAAGAUGGCACCUCAAUACUUGGAAGAAGUGAGUAUGAUGUACUAACCCCAACGUUCCCUAAGAUCAGAAUAUUCAAUUAGACCAAGAUGUUGGAACAUCCACAUAUGGGAACAGGUCUUUGUAAUUUUAAUUGUUUAUCGGUAUGGUGUGGACCUUUCCUAGAAGCAUAGUCAGAAUCAAUUUUAAUCAUUUUAAUUUAAAUUAAUUAUUGGUGUUUUGAUCAUAUAGUUUUAACACUUUUUGUCAUAUUGCCAUCAACGUUUACUUUUAUUACUAUUAUAACAGGGGGUGCUUACUCCUCCUAGGGACCUGAUCCCACCCCUGGCGUGUCUAGGGAUCCGUGUUUGCCCAACUAUCUAUUUUGUAUUGCUAGCAGAAGUUAUGAAAUUGAUCACUGUUCGUUAUCUUCACCUUUUAUUAUAACAUGACAUUAUACAUUUAUUGUAUGAUAGUGAGGGAGAUAUGAAGAUUUAUUCACCCAAGAAAAAUCAUAUUUCUCGAGGGCAACGCCCGAGGGGAGUAUGAAUUUUUGUUGGUGAAUAAAUCUUCAUAUCUCCCGAACAUUCAUGCAAUGAAUUGUUUAUUAUACCGAAACAAAGCAAGACCACAAAAUUACAUUUGAGAUUGGAGUCAGCUCAUCUAUACAUUGUACAUGUAUGUAGCUGAGAUCAUCCUAACAGUAACACCGCGCCGUGAAUGUAUUAGAAGGUACAAACAGCGAAAUACAGUGAUAUGUAACCAGUUUUUGUAUUUCCAUUCUCCUUGAAUGCUGAUUUACUUGCUUGUUUUGUACCAACCCAAACCAGGCGAUUUAACUGUGUAUGAGAGACCCGCAUAUGUUGUGCCUUACGAGCUAUGGAAGUAGAAUGACUCGGACUUGUGACGUCACAAUACAUUUUGUCGUCUUUGACGUUGAAUUUGUGGAAAAUGUACGAGGCUGCCCAAGGGAUGAAAUAUGAUAGGGAGAUAUGAUGUCUGAGAGGGAGAUAUGAAGUUUUGUCAUCCCUGGCCGUGACUGUCUAGAUCAAUCAGAUUACGCGUUGCACAGAAUUCUCAUACUGAGGUAUAAUAAAUAACUUUAUUGUGUAAAACGCAAUAGAGUGAUUGUUCAUAACCAUAUAAGGCGCAAUAUGAAUAAAUUUUGUUAUUAAAAUGUAUAUGUGAAAGUUGCGGAAAAUUUUAAAAUUUUCUACGCGCUAGCCUUUGCAUUUAUAAUUUUGUAUGUGGGAUACUUUUAAUAUCAUUCUGCUUAGUUGAUUAUGUAAAUUAUCCACCAUAGACCCAUGCAAUAAAAUUACCUAGAUGUUUGCAAGUAUUUCGUUAUUUAUUCAUUUCAUUUGUAUUAAAAUAUAUUGGUCAUGGAGAAGUUUGUCAUUUCAAUGUGCAGGAAGAUAAGUGGUAUAUUUCAUUUGGACACUUACAUCGUGAUGCUUUAUCAUUAACUAGCAAUUACCAUUUCAAAACUAAACAGGCAUGUGUUAGAUAUGUUGAAUGCUGUAAUUAUGAUAUGUAUAAUUGUGAAUUAUGGAAAUAUAAAGGUACAAGCAACAUUGAGAAUUUAUGUAUUUCCGUUUCCUUGUGUCGCAAACUCAAGGAGUUAAAUUGCAACAUCACCGUUAAUCAUCACAUAUGACAGCCGAAAAUGGUGAUGAUUUGUAUCGGAGGGAGACUGAUGGUGUCUUUGUUCAUUACGUUUUCCCUACAGCUGGUUGGAGGAGAUGGUUCGUGGUGUGGUGGAUCUCUCAAAUGUUGCAGUGGUUUCAAAUGGGAUAGAAAUACUGAAAAAUGUAUCCCUUGUGAGGUUGGGUAUUAUGGGAUAGAUUGUGCAGAACCAUGUCCCUUCCCCUCCUAUGGAAAGGAAUGCCAGUUACUAUGCAACUGCUCUGAAGCUCAGUGUAAUCAUGAAACUGGAUGCCCAAAAGAUGGAAGUUUAGAGGGUAUUAUCAUGGAAGUGGUAACAACACCUGCUCCAAAGUCCAGGAUGACCCAUAAUAUCACCGUAUCACUAAGACAUGAUGUUAACAUAGGUUUUCCUUCACAAGACACUUCAUCCGUUGUAUCUACCACGCCAAACAUGCCUAAAGAAACUUCAAUUCAAAGUGACGCUGCAUCAAUGUGGAACAAUUUCAACGAGAAGAAAAAAGGUAUGGUUAUCAGCAUUACGACGCUAGGACUACUGUUUCUAAUCUUAACAGUCAUGUACAUCUGGGUGUCUCAUCGACUUCAUGUAGAAACAAAUAAUCGUAGGAAAGCUAAAGAAGAUUCAGAUGAAAAUUCUGCAGUAUGAAAAACGGGUAAUGUGUUAUAAAGUGCAUUGUAUCUGGAUAUUGUGUGUAAUGCCUCUAUUUGUUUUUAGCUAUGCUUUGUAAUUGACUUUUCAUGUUUCAUUUUUCAUAAUUUUAUAUGUAAACUGCGCCUUGCUGGUUGUCUUUCAAUUCAAAUAAUGACAUUAGGAAUAUAGAUACAUUUAUACGUUAGAAAAACCUGUCUAAUUUGUUUUAUGGUAAUACAAAACAAUGGUCAUAUG